AUGGCAGAGAAGCAGACCGAUUUCCAUGAGACCUCGGGCUCAAUUUCGCCAGAGCAAUACCCCAUCCAAAGUCACCAUGAGCCGAACAAGAGUGAGGCCCGCCGAGGCUCCAAGCUCAAUGAAGCCACGGACAUGUAUGGCGACAUCGCCACGGCUGAGGAAUAUGGCUAUGUCUCUCGAGGUCUCAAAUCUCGACACAUUCAAUUCAUCGCACUCGGUGGUACAAUCGGAACCGGUCUUUUCCUCGGCAUUGGUCGUGCAUUCUUGAACGCUGGUCCUCUUUCCGUCCUGCUCGGUUAUACCUUUACUGGUAUUGCUGUCUUCGCCAUGAUGUACUCCCUCGGUGAAAUGGCCACCUGGUUACCUCUACCUGGUGCCAUCCCACAAUUCUGCGCUCGUUAUGUCGACGAUGCCAUGGGUUUCGCCGUUGGUUGGAACAAUUGGUAUUCAUGUUCCAUCACUCUCUGUGCUGAAAUCUCGGCCGCUUCCACUGUCAUUCAAUUUUGGAACGGGGCUCGUGACAUCAACGUGGCCGCCUGGAUCUCACUCGUCAUUGUUCUCGUCCUCUGCCUCAAUAUUUUCGCCGUGUCAAUCUAUGGUGAGGCUGAAUUCAUCUUUGCCUCGAUCAAGAUCAUCACCAUCGUCGGCUUGUUGAUACUAGCUCUCAUCAUCGAUGUUGGUGGUGUUCCAGGUCAGCAUCGCUUGGGUUUCCAAUAUUGGAGAAACCCUGGUGCCAUGAAGCCGUACAUCGCGAGUGGCAGUACUGGUCGCUUCCUAGGUCUCUGGUCAACCCUUGUUAAUGCCGCCUUCUCUUAUGGUGGUGUCGAAAUGGUGGCUGUCGCAGCCGGAGAGGCUGAAGAUCCACGACGAAACAUCCCCAAGGCCGUAAAACGAGUCUUCUGGCGUAUUUUGUUCUUCUACGUCUUGGGAUCUCUUGCAAUUGGUGUCUUGGUCCCAUCCAACGAUGAGAACCUCAUCAAUGCCCGGGAAUCUGGUGCUGCCGGCGCCGCCCAAUCCCCAUGGGUCAUCGCCAUCAGCCGUGCCGGUAUCGAUGUCCUUCCAUCAAUCAUCAAUGCUGUCAUCUUGACCUCUGCCUCUUCCUCGGCAAAUGCCUUUUUGUAUACGGGCUCUCGCUAUCUUUACGCUCUUGCCCAAAAUCGACAGGCCCCCAGAUUCCUGCUCAAGUGCUCCAAGAGUGGUGUCCCAAUCUGGUGUGUAUUGAUCACUUGCUCAAUCUCGCUCAUCACCUACCUGUCCUGCUCUGCAGGUUCCGCCAAAGUAUUUGCUUGGUUCCAAAAUUUGACCACAAUCAGUACCCUUUUCACCUGGGUCAGCAUUUGCAUCGCAUAUGUUCGUUUCCAUGCCGCUCUUAAAGCACAAGGCAUUGAUCGAAAUACCUUGGUUCUCAAGGCACCUUUCCAGCCAUACCUUGCUAUUAUCUCGGCCAGUUUCUUCAGCUUGAUCAUCUUCUUCAACGGAUUUGAUUCGAUUGCAGGCAGUUGGGAUUACCAGGCAUUCCUUACCGAUUACAUCGGUGUCCCCAUCUUCUUCGGCCUCUAUCUCUUCUGGAAAGUUUUCAAGCGCACUCACUUCGUCAAGCCAGAGGAUGCCGACUUGCACACCGGAAAGGCUGCUCUGGACGCUGUCGAAUGGCCUGAACGCAUUCCUCGCAACUGGAUCGAGAAGUUCUGGUUCUGGCUUGCUUGA